GUCAGGUGACUUGGGGAAGAUGGCCGCGUUGACAGCGGAGAAUUUCGCGGCGCUCCAGAGCCUGCUGAAGGCCUCCUCAAGAGAUGUUGUCAGACAGCUGUGCCAAGAGAGCUUUUCCAUUUCAGCCCUUGGCUCAAAACAACUCUUGGAUAUUACAUGUUCCAGCUUGUCUGUGACCCAGGAGGAAGCGGAGCAACUGCUCCAGGCUCUGCACCGCCUCACCAGGCUGGCGGUGUUCCGUGACCUGUCCUCUGCUGAGGCGAUCCUGGCUCUCUUUCCUGAAAAUUUCCACCAAAACCUCAAAAACCUGCUGACGAAAAUCAUCCUAGAACACGUCUCUACUUGGCGACUGGAAGCCCAGGCAAAUCAGAUCUCUCUGCCGCGCCUGGUUGACCUAGACUGGAGAGUGGACAUCAAGACCUCCUCCGACAGCAUCAGCCGCAUGGCUGUCCCCACCUGCCUGCUGCAGAUGAAGAUCCAAGAAGAUCCUAGUCUGUGUGGAGACAAGCCCUCCAUCUCAGCGGUCACUGUGGAGCUGAGUAAGGAAACGCUGGACACUAUGCUAGACGGCCUGGGCCGCAUCCGCGACCAGCUCUCAGCCGUGGCCAACAAAUGACCCCAGCCGGCUGCCGGCCCCAUGGCCGGGCCCCAGCUGCCGGCCAGCGGUGUGCGCCUCCCAGCCCCCGCCGGGCCGCCCCCCCUGCAGCAGCUGCGGCUGUUGGCAGGGUCUGCAGGCCGGCCAGAGGGGACGGGGAGGGGGCUACCAUCCGGAAGGCACAGCUGCACCGGGAGGAAGCAGCCCUGGCCCCGCGCUGUUCUCCUCCCUCGUCAUCUUUCGUCCUUCUGAAGCUGGUGAGCA